AUGAUGUCCGGUGGGAGCUACACGAGCAUCGAUCACCAGAAAGUCUCUGGAUCUGUACCUGCCGUUUCAGAUCCUGGCCAUGUCACCGUCAAAUUCGCAGAGUCAAAUCUACAAACGUUUCCUCCAUCUGCAACUCAGGGGAAGAUCUCUGGUGGCACUAAUCCCCCUCGAGAUGCUGACGAUACAUUUUCUAGGCCAGUGAACGGUACUGAUGAACCUCAGUCUGGUGGUUGGCUCCAUAGAUUCACUGUUGGUGCUUACAAGCCUUACUUUGACGUAGACACCAGGGAUGUCGUAGAGAGACUCAAAGAAUCGCUCUUUCCUUUCAGAGGAACGUUUACAGAGAAGACAGCCAACAACCCUGAUCUGUACGGGCCAUUCUGGAUAUGCACAACCUUGAUCUUUGUAGCAGCAUCCAUAGGAACAUUUGUUACAUACAUAGCUCACAAAUGGAAGAAACAAGAAUGGAACUACGACAUUAAUCUGGUGACUUGGUCUGCGGGAGUGUUCUACGGCUAUGUAACCGUUGUCCCUCUCGCAUUAUAUGUCGUUCUUAAGUACUUCUCUGCACCGUCAGGCCUAGUCCAACUCUUCUGCCUCUACGGAUACUCUCUCUUCAUCUUUAUCCCUGCACUGUGUCUCUCUGUCGUCCCAUUAGAGAUCUUCAGAUGGGUGCUUGCGGGUUUAGCUGGAUUCAUGUCUGCUACAUUUGUGGCUUUGAACCUCAAAGCACAUAUUAACUCUGCGGGAGAGAGAUGGUUCUUGAUUGUGGUCAGCAUUUUUCUUCUGCAGCUCGCGCUUGCCGUCGUGCUUAAGCUGUAUCUCUUCACUGUCACUGUAUAA